CGAGGACUUUGUCUAACGUAAACUGGGUGGUUCUCCGAGAACAAAUCUAAUCAGAUCCGCUAGUGGUGGGGCUAGAAAAUCUAAUCAGAUCCUAUGAGUCUUCAGCUGCCCCUCUUCCACAUCGGUCGCGUUCCAGAGACUUCAUCGGCUGGUGGAUUUGUUGUCAGGCCUAACAAUACCUCCUGCAGAUGCACAAAGCCGAUCUCGGAACUAAGUUCGAUUGGUAACACGGCGCGUAUUUACCAAGGUAGUGCGGGAUGGCACAUAAGCCAAUGCUGGGCAUGACGUUCCCACAGGUUACUGUCGGGACUUCUCUCGACUUCAGUUCAGUGACCCCCAAAAUAUUUACAUCCAAUUUCAGUGACCCCCAAAAUCUGCAUAUUCCUAUCUUCAAUCCAAUAUGUGUUCCAAAUUCUGGCCCAAAGGAGGCCUUCCGGGCAUUUUGCACCAUUACACCGAGACUCUAGUAACCUUCGAAUAUACAGCAAGCGUCACCCAUAAGCCUCACAGCAUUGUCUUCCUUGGAGGUCUGGGAGAUGGGCUCGCAACUACAUCCUACAUGUCCGAUAUCGUACGCGCGUUACAACCAACGGACUGGUCGCUCUUCACCUUAAAUCUCACAUCCUCAUACCAAUCAUGGGGUCUCGGACAUCUCGACAGAGACACGGAUGAGGUCGCCGAAUGCGUAAAAUAUAUCAAAGACUACAAGACCAGCAAAUUUGGCGAUGGAAAAAUCGUCCUCAUGGGCCAUUCAUCCGGAAGUCAAUUUGUUAUGCAUUACUUGUAUCGCCCAAAUCCUCACACAGGCAUCGCACCCUUUGAUCCCUCGCUGGAGCAUGUCAAACGUCUGGAAAUCGACGGAGCGAUCAUGCAAGCACCGGUGUCGGACAGGGAAGCAAUCCUCCUGUGCAGAGAAAUGGGGAUCGGAGGCAAGACGCCGAGCGAGGUCGAAGCAGCAUACCAGACGCUAGAAGCAAUGGCCAAAAAAGUGAACCGCGAAGAAAUCUGCGAUACGCUGUUACCUUUAUCUCUGACCAGUCAGAUUGGCUACCUACCCAAUGUUCCAAUAAGCAGCCGAAGGUUUUUAAGUCUCAACAGUCCGGAAAGCCCGCUGGCACCGGAGGAGGAUGACCUUUUCAGUUCGGAUAUCGGUGAUGAACAGUUAGCGAAGACCUUUGGAAUGAUCAAGGAGCGCGGGCUGUUAAAUCACAAGCUGAUGGUCUUAUACUCGGGGGCAGACCAAGCUGUUCCGGCUUACGUUGAUAAAGAGGGCUUAUUGGUGAGGUGGAUGAAUGCCGUUAACCAUAAUGGACGAGACCAAAUAUGGGACCGAGACCACAGCGCAGUGAUACCGGGUGCUUCUCAUGCGUUGAGUAACGAUGACCAAGCUGAGCCGCGGAAAGAUCUUGUUAGGAGAGUAUUGGGGUAUUUGUUGACGGCUGAGAAAGUGCCAACAAAGCCUACGAAAUCCAAUGAUUAAUAGAAUUUGUUUGUACUUUAUUUAAAUCCGCAAUUUAUAUAAUUCCUGGAUAACACCUCCGCGUUUUAUGAUAUCUAUUGUGUCCAGAUACCUCUCUUGAGCCCAGCGAACUUUAUGA